AUGUAUACGGGUACUAGUGCUGACCAGGAUACUAGAUUCAGUGACAAAGAAAAAAAGCUUUUGAAACAAAUGAAAUUUAGUGAAUCUUUAAACGCUAAGGUUGAUAUGAAUAAAGUAAAACUAGAUACUAUCAAACCUUGGAUUGGUAAAAGAAUAACAGAAUUGCUAGGAAUGGAAGACGAUGUUGUAGAAGAAUUUGUGAACAAUCAGCUUGAAGCCGAUACUUGGCCUGAUCCAAGAAAAAUGCAAAUAAAUCUCACUGGUUUCUUGAAUGGGAAAAAUGCUCGAGUAUUUAUGACGGAUUUGUGGGAAUUACUUUUGUCUGCACAGGAAUCUCCAUCGGGAAUCCCCCCUAAAUUUAUUGAGCAAAAAAAAGAAGAGUUAAAAAAGAAAAUGGAAGAUCAAGAGCGUGUGGGAGAUAUGAUUAAGAAGUUUGAAAAAGAUAAAGAAGAUAGAGAAAAAGAAAGAAAAAAAGAUAGAGAAAGAAGGAAAAGUCGUAGUAGAUCACAUACACGCGAUCGUCGUAGCAGAUCUAGAGAUCGCCAUCGUGAUAAACGUGAUAAAGAAAAGGAAAGAGAUAAAUAUAAAGAUCAUGAUUCAGAUAAAAUACGAGAAAAACAUACAAAAAGAGAUUCUCGUUCAAAGUCAAAAGGAAAACUUGUGAGUAAUGGACAUACUUCACCGACUAAAAAAGAAAAAAGUCGUAGUUGUUCACCUAAAAAUGAUAUUAUCUCAACUGAAGAAAAAACUACUAAUCCAAAGACUUCAGUUUCGCCUGCUAAAGACAAAGUUGUAGAAACAAAUAAUAAACCUAAACCUAAAGAACGAUCAUUAUCUAGAGAUUCUACUAAACGCAGGGAGAAAAAACGGCAUCAUUCUUCUUCAUCAAGUCGUAGUUCAUCAUCAUCUAAUUCUUCUUUAAGCCCUGACCGUAAAAAAGAUUUUGAGAUUCAGAAAAAAGAAAAUAGUAUCCAAAAAAAAAGACAAUACCGAACAAAUAAAGAUGAAUCGUCUGGAAGUGAAUCGGACAAAGAUAAAUCUACAGAUAGAAGAGAUCGUCGUGAUCGUUCAUCUUCUCGAUCAAGGCGUCCAUCUAGACAUGCUUUCAAUCGUGGCCGCUAUCGUGAAAAAAGUCGUGAUCGUUAUUAUAGAGAUAGGGAAAGGGAAAGGGCAAGAGAAAGAGAACGUAAUCGCCGUGAUCGUGAGCGGGAACGUAGAGAUAGAGAAAGAGCAAUUCGUGAAAGGGAACGUGAACGUGAUAGACGUAGGCAAAGAGAAAGAGAAGAAAAAUCAUCACCUCGAAGAAGGAAAUCCAGAAGCCCUGAAAGAAAAUCUAGAUCAGGCAGCAGACAUACAAGAUCUCGUUCAAAAUCUAAAAGGAGACCAAGUGGAAAAUCACGUAGCAGGGAACGCACUGUUAAGGAUUCUAGUAUUGUUUCUCCCACAAAAAAAGAUAACACUUCAAAAUCAAAGGCUUCUCAAGAAAGUUUAUCUAGAACCCCUUCACCUUUUAAGAAAGUUGAAGACAAAGCAGAACGUAAACCAGUAAAAGAUAGAUUGGGUGUUAGAGAUGAACAAAAUUCUAAAUCUUCUCAGCCACAAAGAUCAAAAGGGCAAUCUCCUUCAUCGGAAAAAAAAAAUAACGCUGAUAAAAAAAAUUCAUCUAGUUCUAGACGAAAGUCAUCAACAUCUCCUGCUAUUAAAAAGAAAGAAGAAGAUAAAAUAGAAAAAGGAAAAAAACCUAUGAAGAAAUCUGACACUUCUGAUGCCGAAAACACCAAAAUUAAAAAAAAAGAAGAAUCAAGUUCUUCAGAUGAAUCAUUUAAAAAGUCUAAAAAGAAAGUUAAAAGAGAUUCUAGUUCAGAUGAUGAUAAAGUAAAAGCUAAAAAACGUAAACUCAAGGAUUCUACUUCAUCUGAAGAUGAUGAUUCUAAGAAAAAAAAGAAACGCAAAAAGAGAUCGUCUAGUUCAAGUUCAGAUGAAAGUGACAGAGAUGACAAAAAAAAGAAAAAGGACAAGAAACAUAAAAAACAUAAGAAGCAUAAGAAACACAAAAAACAUAAGAAACGCAAGACUGAAGAAAGUGGUUCUGAUGCCAAAUCUGGAGAUGAGUCGGAACAACGUUUAAGGGAGAAGGCACUGCGUACUAUGAAAAAGAAAAAUCAGGCUAAACAUGAUGGAACCCCUAACAGUAAUAGCAGUGAUUAA